CUUUCUUUUAGGUGAUAGUGAUAUGUUGCUGUGGGUGCCUGAUGAUGAUGCUAUUGAAGCACUAUCCUGGAUGGAUAACUCUGAAACUGUAGAAAAGGAGGAUGGUGAUCUUGAAGGUUCCAAUGGGAUCACUUUAAGUGAGUGCAUGAAGCUUGGUCAUACACCAUGUCAUCAUGCGUGUCCAAGAGGGCUUCUUCUGAGAGGUCCAUCCUGCAAGACGACCAUGAAGCAUCAAGUCAGCCUCAUAUUGUCUGUAGUUUCUCAGCGCUGAGUUUAGACCUAGGGAUGGAAUCUAUUAUUGUGGUCACAGAAUAUGAUUCCAGCAUCUCUGAAAGGGACCAUGACCAGAGUGGACAAACUGGGCAGCAAGUUGACGAACCUAAAGAGAACUUCAAGGAACUACCUGAUUUUCAUAGACUUACUGAAAGUGGAUGCAUAACGGUUAACACAGAAGGUAUAGUUAGAGAUAAUACAGAUCAGAGAGCCAAACUUAACAUGACCAAUAGAAAACUUUCACUUCAAGAACGUACUCCAUCUGUGCAGUCUCCAAAUGAUAAUGUAGGAGUGAAUGGACGAUAUAUUUAUCCAUCUCUUCCAUAUUCUCCCGUGACAUCACCGCAGUCUUCUCCUCGUUUGCCAAGAAGGCCAACAAUUGAGUCAAACCGGGUUUCUAUUACGGGUUUUCAGGAUUGUGUCCAGCUCAACCAGUACAAGCUUAAAGAUGAGAUUGGUAAGGGCUCGUAUGGAGUGGUGAAACUGGCAUAUAAUGAAGAUGAUAAUACGUACUAUGCAAUGAAAGUUCUUUCAAAGAAGAAGCUAAUGAGACAGGCUGGAUUUCCACGUCGCCCACCUCCCAGGGGAACAAAAGCAGCUUCUGAUGGUGGUCCACAAGCCAAGGGACCCAUUGAGCGUGUCUACCAGGAAAUUGCAAUUUUGAAGAAACUUGACCAUCCUAACGUUGUUAAGUUAAUUGAGGUGCUGGAUGACCCCAGUGAGGACCAUCUGUACAUGGUGUUUGAAUUGGUUAAGCGGGGGGCAGUUAUGGAUGUUCCUACUACCAAUCCGCUAACAGAAGACCAGGCACGUUUUUACUUCCAGGAUCUUAUUAAAGGAAUUGAGUAUUUACACUAUCAGAAAAUCAUACAUCGCGAUGUCAAACCGUCCAAUCUCUUGGUGGGUGAAGAUGGUCACAUUAAGAUUGCGGACUUUGGAGUCAGUAACCAGUUUGAAGGAACAGAUGCUUUUUUGUCUAACACAGUGGGUACGCCAGCAUUCAUGGCUCCUGAGACCCUCUCUGAAACACACAGAAUAUUUUCAGGAAAGGCUCUGGAUGUUUGGGCUAUGGGAGUCACCUUGUACUGCUUUGUAUCUGGUCAGUGUCCAUUUAUGGAUGAGAGAAUUUUGGCACUUCAUGGAAAAAUAAAGAACCAAGCUCUGGAGUUUCCAGACCAGCCAGAAAUGUCAGAAGACCUGAAAGACCUUAUUCUGAAAAUGUUGGAUAAAACCCCAGAGUCUAGAAUUUCGGUUCCUGAUAUAAAGCUACAUCCAUGGGUGACUAAAAAUGGUGCUGAGCCUCUCCCUAGUGAAGAUGAAAACUGCACCCUGAUUGAAGUAACCGAAGAAGAGGUGGAAAAUUCUGUGAAGCACAUUCCCAGCUUGGCAACAGUGAUAUUGGUAAAAACUAUGCUGCGGAAACGUUCCUUUGGAAAUCCAUUUGAAGGAAGCCGAAAAGAAGAAAGAUCUAUGUCUUCUCCUGGAAAUUUACAGCCAAAAAACAAGUCAGGGAAUAUAUCCACGAAAGGAUUCAAGGCAGUGAUGAAAGCCUAAGAGACAACAAUCUGCAAGAAUUAGGAGAGGACGAGGUUCUAUCUUGAGGGCAUCUGACAUGACUAGGGCUUCAUCUAUGACCUGGGCAUGAACGUACCAUGUAUAAACUGAACCGUGCAUGCUACUUAUGCACCUUAUGUUACUGCAUGCGCUAAAGACCUUAAUGUUCUGCCUUGGUUGUUAAACGUUAUCAGUUACUUUGCUAUGGGCUCAUGCUUCCAGAGAACUCGUGGAGACUGAUCCAGAGACGGUGCUUGUAUUGUAUAUUGCAAAAAAAUGAUUUAGGUGGCUUGUAGCUUAUGUCUUAAUGAUGCCAAAUAUCACAUAUGCCAAGCACACGCAUAAGGCUUGCAGGACACUGUACGUCAAUCAGUGGUCCUACUGCACAUUCAUGUAUUGUCUGGACACCCUGGUGCAGGGAGGACUGAAGAGACUUAUUCAAAAAUAGGUAGUCAUGCGAAAGAAGGAUCGCGAGGCUGUUAUACUGCCUGCCGGAUGUGUACAGAGCAUAGCCAACAGUUGAAUACUAGACAAAGUGUUUUUUGUUUGCCCUGUAAACUUUGUUCUGUAGAAUAAGCUACAAGUAUAUUGAGAUUUUGGUGAAAUUUUUCCUGGGAAAGCAGCCAGUAGCAAUGUGACAGUAAAGUCAGUAGGUGGAGUGACAAGUCAGAAUAUUCAUAACGCCAACCUCUUAUGUUGGACUAACAUUUACCACGAGGAGUACUAUGUUCAUCCACCUGUGGAAUUGUGGGCCUCGUGUAUAUGAAUUGUCAAUGCCAUAUAUAAAAAUGAAAACGGAUCCCAGUACAUGCUUAUAUUGCUUACUGGUGUCACUACGAGAAGAAGAUUGAUGUGGAUGGUGUUUUCAGUCCGUCAGUCGACAGUGCCUAUGGCCAGACUGUACGGCCAGACCACAGAGGAGCUGCUAGGCUUGUAGACUAAAUCAGUCAUCUCUCACAAAGGAAUAGGAUAGUGUAAAUUAGCUUAAAUAAGAGACAUUUAUGUAAAUGGGAUACAUGAAAAAGAAACCUUAAAGGGUACCUAAACCUUCAUGCAAAGCACAGAAGGUGCUGCCGCCCUUCUCAGAGUGAUAUGCACCUUCCACGUGCAUUGGCUCUGCUCUGUUUCUGAGGCGUGUAGAAUAUGGAUCCUAUAUACUUUCUUUGAAUCUGUACAUGCUGCCAAUGCAAGUGGAUGUGCAGAUCGAUUUGAGAAGGUCCACUGCACCUUCCUUACUUUGUGUGAAGGUUUAGGUACCCUUUAACCAGAAGUCAAUGCAAUGUAGCUGCCACAAAUUUUUAUUUUAUUUUAUUUUAUUUUAUUUGUUAGCAUAAGUUGUCCUUAACGUUCCUCAUUGCCAAACUGGUCCUGUUAUGAUGUCUAUUCUCUCAGCACAUCUAGUAUCCAUGAAUUAACCUUGUGAGUCAUCAAGAAAGAAAAGAUUAAGGUGUUGUUGGAUUCCAAGUUGCAAAAUUGGGACAAACUAUAUCAUAUCCAACAGUUUCCCUGUGCCAGGGAUACAACUGCAAAAGCCAUAUACAUCUCCUAUGUAAAUGGUGACAUCUGUUUUCCAAAUUGUCCCUGGCCAUAAAGCUGUACUGUAAGUCUUCCCAUUACGGGGGUGCUCAGUUCCUUUAGUAGUAGUGCACUAUUUUUUAUAGACCUCCCAGGCAGUUUGGGCUACAGCAGUAUCAUCUCAGGACAGUUCACUUUUGGAUUUGUGACCUCCUAUAACUGUGCCACUUACGUCUUUCCACAGUAGGGUUUACUGAGUAAAAUAUAUGUAAUAAAUA